AGAGUAGUUUCUCUAACUGCACAGUCAGCCUGGCCUUUUUAACAGCCGUUUCUGGGGAAGUCAUGGUGGGGGGGACUGUUUAUUGGACUUUCGCUUUCCCCUGGGGUUGAUCUCCUGGGAACGGCCUUUCAGGCCAAUUUGGAUGUGAUGUCUGGGAAUCUGGCCCAAAAUGAGACAUCUACAGUUUAUCAUGAGAGGCAGCGCCUGGAGCUUUGUGCCGUCCACGCCCUUAACAAUGUCCUGCAGGAGCGACUCUUUACCCAAGAGAUAGCUGACGAAAUCUGUAAAAGGCUGGCUCCUGAUGCCAGGUGGAACCCACACCGUAGCUUUCUGGGGACAGGGAACUAUGACGUCAAUGUCAUCAUGGCAGCUCUUCAGAGUGUGGGGUUUGAAGCCGUUUGGUGGGAUAAACGAAGACCCCUCGAGCAGUUGUCCCUGGCGGGGCUGGUUGGCUUCAUUGUGAACGUCCCUUCCAAUGUGUGCCUGGGUUUUCUGUCUCUCCCUGUGAGGCGUCGCCACUGGAUUGCUGUGCGUCAGCUUGAUGGCAUCUAUUAUAAUCUUGACUCCAAACUGAAGGCACCGGCACCAAUUGGUGGUGAAGCUGACCUCAGGGUGUUUCUCCAGGAGGUCCUCUCCCAGGGCCCUUGUGAGUUGCUGUUGGUUGUGCCCCAUGAGGCAGGCGAAGCCAGGCCUUGGCUGAAUACUGUGAGGUGAUCCCAGGCCUCCCAAAAGAUACUGCCUGGUCUAUGAAGAUCUUUCUCCCUGCCUGCACUCUCUUGCACCACCUACUGCAUGUAAUGGAGGGGAAGAAGAAUGGAGCACUCCAUUCCUGUUUAUACUGCUACCCUGGGUGCCGAUGAAAGAAUCCAUCUUACCUUCUCUAAGAAAUGAUCCUGACUUCCCUCUUAUUUCUUGCUUUUUAAAGGCUUUUGGCUGCUUCUGGGAUUAUGUGAAAUAAAGGACAUGGCACCUAAUGGUGAAGGGUCCCCCCCUAUAGCCAAUUUCAUGAUACUUAGGCCUAUAUACAAUCUUCCUUGCAGACAAAUAGAUCAAAGUUUGGGAGUAAGUUUAUGCACAGGGCUUGAUGGGGGAUGCCCAUCUCUUAUUUUCAGCCUACGAUAUAAAUGCAACAGUAAAAAAAUGUGGGUCUCAGUAGACCUGGAUGUUGUGCUUUCAGUAUUCUCCUAUAAAAGCCAUUCUGCUAAUAUAUCCAAGAGUUCCUUGGAUGAAACAAUUUGUUGGACCAUUCCUUAAAUAAUUCACAUUUGAUUUUGGAAAGGGCUGUUCUGGAAAAUUGAAGAACCAGAUGGGAGAAUGAGAUGCUUAAGAACUUAAUAAAAAAAAAAUAUAAGAACUGAAGGGUAACUUUUAGUUUGGAAGAGCUAUGCAGAAAAGACCUGCCUUCUAUCUCAGGUUUCCUUGUGAAACUGAAGGAAUAUGCGAGGUUUAAGAAUUCUAGGGUAGCUGUGGUUGAUGUUAAAGAAAGAAGUUGAGAAUAAUAUUCCGCUAGAAACAUGAUUUAGGAGAAGAGAGUAAUAAUUCUGUUACUAUAUUAUAGACUCUAAGGUGCUUCCGUGCCUUUUAAUUUAUGGCUAACAAAUUCAAUGGGAAGGUUUUCCACAAAAUUGAUGUCUUAAAAUAGUGGCCUUCCUGAUCCUCUUGUUUCCAGUAUCUUUCCUCAUUGGAUGGGAAUUGUAGUUCAAUGCUAUUGGGAAGGUUACUAGGAGUACUUGUGCCUAUUUAAUUUUUGGCUGCCAUAUAAUGAGUAAAGGACAAUAAUCUGGCACAGUGGAUAAAUAAAUUAUCCUCCCAGCAAGCGAAAAUAUUUGCUUUUUCUUUUAUUUCUAAAGGAGAAAAAAAAUCCUACUUGUGCCAGAGAACAAAGAGUAUAUAGUGAAAAGUUCAAAUAUUAAAAUGGGACAAAACAGUGAUCAGGGAAUGGGAGACUAAUGCACUACCCAGUUAUUUAUCCAGUUUUAUGUGUGUUUAUCCUUUUCUAGGCUGCGUUGCCUAUUUUGUGAAUUAGAAUAAAUACAUAUGCUUUCCAAGUUUUAUGUUUUUACCAAAACAAAAAACUUAUCUAUCAACAACCCUAAAAGGGUAGAAACACAAUGGUGCAAUACAAAUAAAUGUGUGUUUUAGUUUAUA